UGGAGCUCGGCGGCGGCAGUAGCGGCGAGGCGCAGGCACCGGCCCGGAGAGCGGCACCAUGAGCGGAUCACAGAACAAUGACAUGAAAAGACAAUUUCUGCUGGAGCGACUGCUGGAUGCCGUGAAACAGUGCCAGAUCCGCUUCGGAGGGAGAAAGGAAAUCGCCUCGGAUUCUGACAGCAGGGUGACCUGUCUGUGUGCCCAGUUUGAGGCCGUCCUGCAGCAUGGCUUGAAGAGGAGUCGCGGAUUAGCACUAACAGCAGCUGCGAUCAAACAGGCAGCCGGCUUCUCCAGCAAAACGGAAACAGAGCCCGUGUUCUGGUUCUACGUGAAGGAGGUCCUCAGCAAGCACGAGCUCCAGCGCUUCUACUCCCUGCGCUACAUCGCCUCGGACGUGGGCCGCGGCCGGGCCUGGCUGCGCUGCGCCCUCAACGAACACUCGCUGGAGCGCUACCUGCACAUGCUCCUGGCAGACCGCAGCAGGCUCAGCACUUUUUAUGAAGACUGGUCUUUUGUGAUGGACGAAGAAAGGUCUAGCAUGCUUCCUACCAUGGCAGCUGGUCUGAACUCCAUACUCUUCGCGAUCAACAUUGACAACAAGGAUUUAAAUGGGCAGAGCAAGUUUGCUCCUACUGUCUCGGACCUCUUAAAGGAGUCAACGCAGAACAUGACUUCCUUGCUGAAGGAGUCCACGCAAGGAGUGAGCAGCCUUUUCCGGGAGAUCACGGCGUCCUCUGCUGUCUCCAUCCUCAUCAAGCCUGAGCAGGAGACCGACCCCCUGCCCGUCAUGUCCAAGCACGUCAGUGCAGAUGCCAAAUGUAGAAAGGAACGGAAGAAGAAAAAGAAGGUGACGAAUAUUAUCUCAUUUGAUGAUGAAGAAGAUGAGCAGACCUCUGGUGAUGUUUUUAGAAAGAUACCUGGGACUGGGGAGAGCUCGGAGGAGAACUCCGACCGCUCCUCGGUCAAUAUCAUGGCCUUUGAAAGCCCCUUUGGACCUAAUUCCAAUGGAAGCCAGAGCAGCAACUCAUGGAAAAUUGAUUCUCUGUCUUUGAAUGGGGAGUUUGGGUACCAGAAGCUUGAUGUGAAAAGCAUCGACGAUGAAGAUGUGGAUGAAAAUGAGGAUGACAUGUACACGUCGGGAAGGAAGCGCACGGGCCACUCAGAGUCGCCUGAGAAGCCACUGGAUGGGAACACCUGCCUCUCCCAGAUGCACAGCUGGGCUCCGUUGCAGGUGCUGCACGGCGACACCGAUGUCCUCUUUCCGGUCAGUGGAGUGGGCUCCUUCAGCCCUGCAGAUGCCCCCCUCGGAAGCCUGGAGAACGGGACAGGACCCGAGGACCAUGCUCUCCCGGAGCCCGGACCUCGGUACAGCGUGGAAGCCAGUCCUCCAGGCCAAGGAAGUCCUCUGAGCAGCCUGUUACCUUCCGCCUCAGUGCCCGAGUCGAUGACAAUUAGCGAACUGCGCCAAGCCAUCGUGGCCAUGAUGAAUCGGAAGGAUGAGCUGGAGGAAGAGAACAGAUCACUGCGGAGCCUGCUGGACGGUGAGAUGGAGCACUCGGCUGUCCUCCGGCAAGAGGUCGACACCUUGAAGAAGAAGGUGGCUGAGCAGGAGGAGCGGCACAUCAUGAAGAUCCAGGCCUUGGCACGGGAAAACGAGGUGCUCAAAGUCCAGCUGAAGAAGUAUGUAGGAGCUGUCCAGAUGCUGAAAAGAGAAGGUCAAACAGCUGAAGUGGUACCCAACCUUUGGAAUGUCGAUGGAGAAGUCACUGUUGCCGAGCAGAGGCCGGGAGAAGUUGCUGAGGAACUAGCGAGCUCCUAUGAAAGGAAGCUCAUCGAGGUGGCAGAGAUGCACGGAGAGCUGAUCGAGUUCAACGAGCGCCUGCACCGGGCCCUGGUGGCCAAGGAAGCCCUCGUGUCCCAGAUGAGGCAGGAGCUCAUCGACCUCCGGGGGCCGGUGCCUGGAGAUCUGAGUCAAACAUCCGAAGAUCAGAGUUUGUCGGAUUUCGAAAUAUCAAACCGGGCGCUGAUCAACGUCUGGAUCCCAUCCGUGUUUCUCCGGGGCAAAGCAGCGAACGCGUUCCACGUGUAUCAGGUCUACAUCCGGAUAAAAGAUGAUGAGUGGAAUGUCUAUCGGCGGUACACGGAGUUCCGGAGUCUGCACCACAAGUUACAGAGCAAAUACCCGCAAGUGAGAGCCUACAACUUCCCACCCAAAAAGGCCAUUGGAAACAAGGACGCCAAGUUCGUAGAGGAGCGGAGGAAGCAGCUGCAGAGCUACCUGCGCAGCGUCAUGAACAAAGUCAUCCAGGCCGUCCCCGAGUUUGCCGCCAGCCCCAAGAAGGAGACCCUGGUUCAGCUGAUGCCCUUCUUCGUUGACGCCGCCCCUCCCGGAGAGCCACUGAACAAGAGCAGCCGGCCCAGGGUGGCCUCCCGCUUCCCCAAGCUGUCCCGCAGCCACCCCAGGGAGACGCGCAACGUGGAGCCCCAGAGCGGUGACCUCUGACCUCCGUGGACUCCCAGACUCAGCUUACGUGCUGCGCUGCUGCCUCCCCGGCCACCUGCCCCCAGUCCGGCCACGGCAGCCGGACCUGCCACUUGGAGUGACAGCCACACGCACCGGUGAACCUGAGAGCACACCUUCCCACCGGUCACAUGGCACCGAUUAAACUGGUCAGACGUGGA